GGGAUCACGUGUCCGGAGAGAUGGAGGAGGGGGGGACAUUGGAGAGAUAGGCCCUGCAUUGAAGAGCCGAGACAGGCAGAGGAGGGCUGCUUCUGCACUGAGGCCACCACAAGAUUUCACCUGGACCGAAACGCCUCCUCAGAAUUCUCCACUGCACAGCACUGCCAAAGUCUGCUUUAUUAAAUUGCCCUUUGUUGCAGGCAGCUAUGCAAAUCUCUAACAUCACUGUACCACUUCAUCACUCCCAACAGGAAAAAAUAACUGAAAUGUGUGCCAAUGCACCGCCCAGCGUUCAGUAAACCAGAAACAAACCCUUGGUUGGAUUUUUUUGUUUUUAGGUGAAAUGCCAAGAGUUUGUAGCCAGCUGAAAAGGAAACUGGAAAAAAAAACACUACUAAAACAUAUAAUUAAAAAAUGGUCAAACGUGUAUGCUACAAACUAUCAGAGGCCAGUAAAUAGCAGCAUCUAAUGUGUGCUGAUGGUGUGGAAGGGAGCACGUUAAAAUAGACAAGUCUGGGCAUUCAGCUGACAAAUAGACUUUACUGUGCACUGUGUGAACUGGGUCGUGAAAUUAAUUUACUUUUUUUCCCUUCAUGUCUUUUACUCGCUCUCUUCUCACUUCCUUAGAUGGUUUAAAUGCCAUUUAAAUCAUAACUUGGUGGUUGACUGGUUCUCGAAAGGAAAGAGGCAUGCCUGAUGUCUCUUACUUCAUCCUUACAAACUAUCAAAUAUAUUUGUAGGGCCAGUGAAAGGGCUGCAAGCAAACAAAAAACUGAGUUAAAACAAGAAAUUUGGUUUCUUAAACUACAUUGACCUCCCAAAACUUUUUGUAUCUUUUGACAUUUUGUCAAACUUGCUGGCAGUAUAAGACUUUUGCACUAGCAUUCAUAGUAGUAAAGCACUAGUGGCAGUGGAAAAUGAAUGUGCUGGUUUAUAAUCAGUGUUUUAGAAAAUAUAGGGGACACUCUAGCUAGCAGAAAAAUCAGCUGCUUCAAACUAACAUGGGAGAGCUAUUACUUCUGCACUACUGGUUAAUCGGAUCUAGGAAGGGACGUUGUGUAUGGGUGGUCCGCAUUUCUGAUCAUUCGUCUUUAAAGAAAAUUGUUGGCUGCAUAACCAAAAUAGGGUUAGCAAUAGCUGUACUGUAGGGUUGUAACAGGCAUUAAAAAAAAACAAAAAAAAACAUUUUUUUUUUUGCACAACUGGAUAAAUCUUAAAGCCGUUCAGAAGGAGAAGACGAAAAAAAAGUCGGCCUGGAAAAUUUGCACAGUUCAUGUGCCUUUUUGCUUCUGCUUUUUAUGCAAAUAUGUGUUGGCUGUAAGAACCUGCCAGAAUGUGACACAAUGUCAGAUAUAUGUUAAAGCAGAUGUGCAUUUGAAGGACAUCGGUGUAUGUACACGAAGCCUUAAAAUACUUGAAACCUUUACAAUCCUCUCCUUUGUGGGAACAUGUCUGUGAUCUUAUUGAGCAGGUCUAAUUUCAUCCUGGAACUGGAAUCUCAGGCUGUGUAAACUAUUGCAUAGUAACUUGUUGGUAAAGUAAACCAGGCAAGCAGAAAGGAAACCCGACCAGUAACCAUGACUUUCCAAAGGGAAACUAACCACACAACCUUCAUGGCAAGAAUCCAGACUGCUGGGUCAUUUUUUUAAGCCAAAUCACCAUCGUCAUUUUGUACAUGGAUAUCUGUUACUAUGCAUUAAGAGGACCUUUGUCAGAACUGACCUUAUAAAACACUGAAGGUCAGCUUUAACAUUUAAAGAACUUUGAUUAUUUAUUUAUCUUUUUUUUUUUUUUUACAUCUUUGAGGGUGUUAAUCUAAAACUUUGUGACAGCAUGCAUGCAUCCGUGGAGCAUGGGCCUGUGCUUUGCAGCGAUUCCAACAUAUUAUGCCUCUCUUGGAAGGGCAGGGUUCCAAAAAGUGAAAAGGAAAAGCCAGUGUGUCGGAGACGCUACUAUGAAGAAGGGUGGCUGGCUACUGGAAAUGGAAGAGGAGUUGUUGGAGUAACAUUUACGUUGAGUCAUUGUCGGAGGGACAGGAAUACACCUCAGAGGACCAACUUUAAUCUACGAGGGCAUAACAGUGAGGUGGUGUUAGUGAGAUGGAACGAGCCAUUCCAAAAGCUGGCAACGUGCGAUGCAGAUGGAGGGAUAUUUGUAUGGAUCCAAUAUGAAGGCAGAUGGUCUGUGGAACUGGUCAAUGAUCGGGGAGCACAGGUUAGUGACUUUACCUGGAGCCAUGAUGGCACUCAAGCUUUGAUCUCGUACCGCGACGGAUUUGUGCUCGUCGGUUCAGUGAGUGGACAGAGGCAUUGGUCUUCGGAGAUUAACUUAGAGAGUCAAAUAACCUGUGGGAUCUGGACACCUGAUGAUCAACAGGUGUUGUUCGGCACUGCAGAUGGCCAAGUUAUAGUAAUGGACUGCCAUGGCAGAAUGCUUGCUCAUGUUCUCUUACAUGAAUCUGAUGGUAUAGUGAGCAUGUCAUGGAAUUACCCAAGCUUCCUAGUGGAAGACAGCAGUGAAAGUGACACAGACUCUGAUGACUACUCACCUCCACAAGAUGGCCCUGCCGCAUAUCCUAUUCCAGUGGAGAACAUCAAGCCACUGCUUACAGUUGGAUUUACUUCUGGGGAUAUUAGUUUGAUGAACAACUAUGAUGACCUGUCACCAACCAUCAUCCGCUCAGGGCUUAAAGAUGUGGUAGUUCAGUGGUGCACACAAGGAGAUUUGCUUGCUGUUGCGGGGAUGGAGAAACCAAACCUUUUACCAGAUCUUGUCAAUGGUCCUUCUUUGAAGAGUGCUCUUAUAAAGUUUUAUAAUGUGCGUGGAGAACAUAUCUAUACUCUGGAGACUCCAGUACAGCGUCCUAUCACUUCCAUUUGCUGGGGCCAUAGAGAUUCCCGCCUUUUCCUGGCCUCUGGUCCGGCGCUGUAUGUUGUCCGUGUUGAGCACAGGGUUGCUAGUUUACAGCUUCUCUGUCAGCAAGCAAUUGCCAGCUCCUUACGUGAUGACAAAGAUAUCAGCAAACUAAUUCUGCCUCCUCGGCUCUGCUCUUACCUCACCACCGCCUUUAUACCUACCAUUAAGCCUCCCAUUCCUGACCCUAAUAACAUGCGAGAUUUUGUGAGUUACCCUACGUCGGGAAAUGAGAGGUUGCACUGCACUAUGAAGAGGACAGAGGAUGAUCCAGAGGUUGGAGGACCGUGCUAUACUCUUUACUUGGAGUACCUAGGUGGGCUGGUGCCUGUUCUCAAAGGGCGAAGAAUAAGUAAACUGCGACCAGAGUUUGUAAUUAUGGAUCCUAAAACAGAUGGAAAAACAGAUGAAAUUUAUGGCAAUGGAUUGAUCUCUGCAGUUAUUGACAGCUGUAAUUGCUCAGAUUCCAGUGAUAUUGAACUUAGUGAUGACUGGGCAGCUAAGAAAUCUCCGAAGGUUACAAGAGCUAGUAAAUCUCCCAAACUCCCCAGAAUUAACAUAGAAGCAAGAAAAUCCCCAAAGCUAUCCCGAGCCACUCAAGAAAUUACCAGGUCUCCUCGAUUACCUAUACGAAAACCUUCAAUUGGGUCACCAAGCCUAACUCGCAGAGAGUUUCCUCUGGAAGACAUUACUCAGCAUAACUAUCUUGCUCAGGUCACAUCCAACAUAUGGGGAACCAAGUUCAAAAUUGUAGGAUUGGCAGCUUUCUUACCAGCUAAUCUUGGGGCGGUUAUUUAUAAAACAAGUUUGCUACACCUUCAACCAAGACAGAUGACCAUCUACCUUCCAGAAGUGCGGAAAAUUUCAAUGGAUUAUAUUAAUUUGCCUGUAUUUAACACAAAUGUUUUCAGUGAAGAUGAAGAUGACUUACCUGCAACUGGAACCUCUGGGGCACCUGAAAACAACCCCCCUUGCACUGUGAAUAUCCCCAUUGCACCAAUUCAUAGCUCUGCUCAAGCUAUGUCACCAACUCAAAGCAUUGGCUUGGUUCAGUCUUUGUUAGCCAAUCAAAAUGUACAACUAGAUGUCUUGACCAAUCAAAUGGUAGCUCCUGCUCCUCCAGAUCAUCCAGUAGAAAAUGCUAUUCAGUAUUCAGCACCAAAUAGAUAUUCCAAUCCAGGGCAGGUCAUAUUUGGUGGAGUUGAAAUGGGACGCAUGUUACAACCCACUCAUCCUCCUUUACCACACCCAUCACUGGCUACUGUUCAGAUGCCGCCUGUUGAAAACAAUGAAAGAAACCAUGAGCAUCCUCAAAGGCCAAAACCAUUACGUCCAAUGCACCAGUUUGCAGAAGGAGAUGCUGUUGUUUUCACCACUGUUCAAGAAAUGCAAAUAAACAAACUAAACCCUCCACCUCCAUAUCCAGGAACUAUACCAGCUCCUCCAACUUCAGCUGCACCUCCACCACCAAUCCCUCAACCUCCUUUGGACCUCUGCCUCAAGAAGGGAGACUUUUCUCUCUUCACAAGUGGACACUACCAAACGCCUAUGGGAUAUGAGCGUAUAACAACAUUUGAUAGUAGUGGGAAUGUAGAAGAAGUGUGUAGACCACGGACACGAAUGCUCUGCACACAGAACACCUAUACUCUUCCAGGCCCAGGAAGUUCUGCAACCUUAAGGGUUUCUGCAACAGAAAAAAAGAUUAAGCAACCAUGCACCAGUGCUACAUUAAAUAGGUUGACUGUUCCACGUUAUUCUAUACCACCUGGGGAUCCACCACCAUAUCCUGAGAUUGCAGCACAGCUUGCUCAAGGAAGAAUUGCUUCUCAGAGAAUAGACAGCAGUCUUAUUCAUGCCACUCUGCGCAGAAAUAGUCGUGAAGCAACUCUUAAAAUGGCCCAAAUGACAGAUAGUCAAAGAGCAACACUGCAACAUCCUCCUAAAACAAAAAGCAAUGUUGUACCUGGACAGUAUCAACCACGGCCACCCACAGCAUUGUACACUUGCAGCCAAUGCAGCAGUGGUACUGGAGUAAUUAGCAGCAGUAUCAGUAAUCAUAGUGGCAAUUUCAGCACUAAUACCAUAGGAGCAGGAAAUAUCCGUCCUGAAUUAUCAACAGCUUGUGGUCCACAGCAGAGUACCGUUAUUGUUCACUCUGCCAGCACAGUCCCUUUAGCAUCUCAGUCGUCAUAUAAUUUAUUAAGUCCCCCUGAAAGCUGUCGAGACAGGACAGACUAUAUUAAUUCUGCUUUUACAGAAGAUGAAUCCGUUUCCCAACACUGCUCAGUAGAAAAGCAAACCAGGCAUUUAAAUCUGGCUGAGACAGGCCUUACAAUAAAGCGGCCUCCACCAUACCAGUGGGACCCAUUAGUAAGUGAAGAUGUAUGGGUUCCCCAAGAAAGGACAGCGCAUAAUACAUUGCCAAUGCCCCAGAGACCACCCCCUCUAAUCCUUGGACAAGGUCAGCAUUUAGAUUUGUCUCGUGUGCCAUUUAUUUCCCCUAAGUCACCCACCAGCCCUAUUUCAACAUUCCAGACAAAUUAUGGAGUUGGGAUGCCAUAUAGCAGUGGUUAUAAUGUCCCACCAUCUUUCCAGCAAAUACCGAAACCUUGCUCUCCAAAGGAAGCUUUACCUCCAGCACAGUUUGUGCAACAAGAGCCCACUAUAGUAGUACAGCCAGCAUACCCACCCAAUUUGCCUUGCUGUCCCUUGCCACCAAUGUAUCCAGGAAGUAGUAAUUGCAAUGGCUUGCAACUUCCUCAAGUGGCACUACACCCAUGGAACACAUACAGCCCAUGCCCACCAGCGCUGAGUUCACAGUCUACAUUACCACCGAAACCUCAUUUGGUGCCAGAGAAGCCUGUCAUAUCUCCAUCUCAGCCAGAGAUGCAAAAUAAUGUGGGCAGUGAAGUCAUGGUGGAAACUGCAGAUAACUUCCAGGAAGUUCUGUCAUUAACAGAGAGCCCUGUAGCUCAGAGAACUGACAAAUUUCCAAAAAAAAAUAGAAAACGUUUAGAUAGCAGAGCGGAAGAAGGAAAUGUUCAGGCUAUCACUGAAGGCAAGGUGAAAAAAGAAGCCAAGACCCUGAGUGACUUUAACUCUCUCAUAGCCAGUCCUAGGCUUGGAAGAGAAAAAAAGAAGGUUAAGAGUCAAAAAGAUCAGCUGAAAUCCAAAAAGCUAAAUAAGACAAAUGAGUUUCAGGAUAGUUCAGAAAGUGAACCUGAACUCUUUAUUAGUGGGGAUGAGCUGAUGAACCAGAGUCAGAGCAAUAAGAAGGGAUGGAAAACCAAGAGGAACCUUAGGACUGCUAGUGACCUGGAUGAGUUUAAAUGUCGGAAAGCUAAUGACAAAGAUGAUGGCAGGUUGGGAAGCCAAGGAUUUGUCUACGUCAUGGCAAACAAACAGCCUUUAUGGAAUGAGGCAACACAAGUAUACCAGUUGGACUUUGGAGGUCGAGUGACUCAGGAAUCUGCAAAAAACUUUCAAAUAGAGCUGGAAGGUAGACAGGUUAUGCAGUUUGGACGGAUCGAUGGCAAUGCCUACAUUUUGGACUUUCAGUAUCCCUUUUCAGCCGUCCAAGCCUUUGCAGUUGCUUUGGCUAAUGUGACUCAGCGUCUCAAAUGAGUCGAGUAUGGGCUACUACGUGGACACAUCAUCUGUUCCUUGAACAGGGGAUAAACCAAUGUUUUAGUAACAUAAACAGAACAAGCGGUGAAGCAUUUCAACUGGAAACAAGACAUGACUGCCUAUGUGAAGGCACUCUGUGUGUAUUUUUAUUUUUUUUUUGUUCGUUUUUUUACAUGCAAUAUAGCUGAGGAUGGUUGAGCGGGAGUCAUUUCAUGCUACGGUGGGAACGUGGCUUUUGACUUGUAUUGAUGGUUAUGUUCUGUUGUGUUUGGUGCAAUAGAUGUUAGAAUAUUACGUGGAAAAACUGCCUUAUUUAUAAUAAUAUUAUUUUUGAAAGCCGUAAACUAUGUUGUUCAUUGAUCUUUUUUUUUUGUUUGGAAAAAAUCACAAAAUUAAAUGCAACUAAACAAUAUUUUUAAUACUUGAAUGCAUAAAACAAUUAAUGGGUACUGAAGGUUGUAUAAAUAUCCUUACAGGUGAGUUUUAGGGUGUUUCUAUAACCUGUGAGUCUGUUAACAUUUAUUUGUAUAAAUGCUAGUAUUUCGGUAUGUGAAAAUGUGCUCAUUUUUAAACUUUUUGACAAGAUGCAUUUUUAACUAGAUAACAAUCAUAGGUAUGUGGAGACAUCCUGAGAUGUCUUUACCAUAUGUAUUUCAUUCUAGAAGCAGAUCUGUGCACAUAAAUCUCGACUUCCAGCUGAGGUUCCAAUGCAGUCCAAAAUCACACAAGUUAAAUUGUCUACCUCUUUGUAAGUCCUGCUGACCAGCAAAGAAACACAACCUUGGAAUUGUUGCAUAUGAGGAACGUAACAUUGUUUCUAACUUCAAGUGGAUGUUGAGAUUAACGUAUAUUAGGCGUCUUGGUUCACAGGUUCCAACAUUGUGCGUAAAUGGUUUUGGAAUGAACUUAGCAUGUGCA